AAUUUCAAGAAAAAUUUCUCAAUUAUCUAUUCAAGUUUGGGAUACUGAUGGAGAUUUUCUUCUAAUUGAAGCGGCGUUUCAUCUGCCUAAUUAGUUAAACCUUGAAACAAGCAAGAAUCGAGAUUUUAUCAGAAGAGUUGCAGGGAACAUCAGCCGGCUCUAUUGUUUACAUGGUAACUAAUGUUGUGCUAUUUUUACGCUGGAUUGGUCAGCACAAGGUUCUCAUUGCCUUCUUCUUUUAUUUUGUAUGUUUUGCUCUUGUAAUUCUUAUCUAUGUUCUAAGUUUUUUCUAUGUAUCCAUCUAGAAUCAAUGAUGUGUUUUAUUACAUUAAUAUAUACUUACAGUUCAUUGUUUUUUUGUUUUAUGUAUUUUCAGUUAUCCACUAGCAGUGAAUUAAGAAGACAGUAUCUAUAAACUGUCUCAUUAGGUACUUGUCAAGCUAAACAUGAGAAGCAUCUGUUCAAGGGGGACCUUUUAGUCCAUAGCAACAGUUACAUUUUUUUGCGGGGAAAGUUGCACCAUUGUAUUCUUUUUCCUUUCUGUUAAUGAAAAACAUAGCUAAAAAGUUUCCCUAUUUUUACAACAAUCUUAAUAGAUAGUUAUCUUUACUUUGAGUACUACAAUGAUGAUAAACUUUUGUAUUUCAAUCAAAUUUUAGCAGCUUCUCAUAUAGAUAUAGCAUAAAACCUUGUAGUCUUCAGUUCUUUCCUCCAUCGUAGGCUGUUCUGUGAAUGGCACUUGAUGGUCUUUGUGCAUUUUUUCUCUCCCAUUAGGGACUUUAAUUUAUAGCCCUUUUGGGUUCCUCUACUUUGCUAACCAAGUAUUUUAUUUGGUAUAUUUGUUGAUCAGGUCCAUUUUCUCGCACACUACGGCAGCCGGUCGUGUACUCCUUUAUUUUUCGUUUAUUAUACGUCUUUUGUUGAGGUUAGAAUCGGGAAAAUGAAACGCUCAAGCUUUUUAGUAGCAGGUAUUCUACUCUCCCUUGUCACUACCAUAUUCUUUUUUUAGUUUCAUGGUUCAUCUGUUGGAAGAAAAGAAAAAAUUUGGCCACCCCAAACAUAUAUUCCUGGAUCUGUCGGGUUAGGGAACUAGAACCGAUUCAAUUAGCGAUAAGGAAUAGAAUUUUAGAGUAUCCUAAUAGAGCUAGGUUGAAUAUGCUUCGAGUUAGGGUUCCUGUUUCUAUAGCCAAGGUUUUGAAAUAUGAACCAUGUUUGAUUUCACUAGCAGUAGAGAGUUUCUAUGAUAGAGAUGUUGAUUCAAUGAAACAUGCUGCUAAAAUAAAGAAAUUUGUAAGUGCCGGAACUAGUGAAGAGAUUUUUAGGGGUUUUAUUAGAAUGUCAAGGGCAAUGUAUGCACAAUUAGUUCAGCAAACUUUUCAAGCCCCCAAAUGUUAUCCAUUGUCGUCCAGGAACGAUAGUUCUGUUUAUGUUGAAGCUGAGCUGGGUAUGAAAAUAGUGUGCGGGCAUGAAAUGAUGUAUCAACAAAGACGCCAUGAAAAUUUGGAUGGUAACGGAACUAGUACUUGGGAAGCUUUCAAAGAGAGCUUAGAGAUUAAUGGGUAUUUUAAACAACUACUUCCUGGAUCAAUUAUUGCUUUUCCCGGGCAAGGGUGUUUGAAUGUCUUUUUUCAAUGAAAUGAUGAGUGCUCCAGUUAGAUGUAUUGCCGAAAUCUUUGCUUUGCCCCACUCCUCUGAAGAAUUUAAGGGUCUUGAGCUUCCUCCUUCAGGUAAUGAUGCUUGGCUUUACUUUAGUGAAGAUGAGUUAAAAUUGGCCAUGGUAGAGAGAUAGAGUUGGAACUCAACGAAUUAAAGCAAAAGAAUAGUCAAAAGGCAAAUAGAAAGAAGGAUGCGGAUCAUUCUGCUGAAAGUGCCGCAAAUGAUUCUGAUCUUGGUGAUAUCGUGAAUUCAUUGACAAGGAUAUUGGCGUGUCCUUUAGCUUUAGGCGUUAAGCCUAAUUAUUAGUAGUUUUUAGACUGGUUGGAGCAACUUUCAGCUGAAGGGGUGAAAUUGUUUGUCUACUGUAAAUUGUUUUUCUACUGUAAACAUAGUA